ACCAACACGUGCUAAGUUAAGUUAGUUAAGCUAAAUGACAAUGGAUGAUGGCCGGAGGGUUACUUGGUCCAAGGCGUCUCUGAUCGUCACCGCCAUCUUCCUGCUCAGCCUGAGCAGCUCGGCGAGCGUCGCCGCCCAUGGCCGGAGCAGCAAGAGGUUCGUCAGGAGCUACGACGAGCCGUGCAAGAAGAUGAGGCUCUACCUCCACGACAUCCUCUACGACUACAGCAACAGCACGGCGAACUCCACGGCGGCGGCGGUCACCAAGCCGACGGCGCUGAGCACUGCCGUGUCGAAGAGCGGCUACUUCUUCGGCAGGGUGGUGGUGUUCAACGACCCGGUGACGGAGGGGAAGGCGCUGCCGCCGGCGCUGGAGGAGACGGCGGUGCGCGCGCAGGGGCUCUACCUGUACGACAACAAGGAGGACUACACGGCGUGGCUGGCCUUCUCCGUCGUGUUCAACUCCACGGCGCAUCGCGGCACGCUCAACCUCAUCGGCGCCGACCCUCUCGCCGAGAAGACGAGGGACAUCUCCGUCGUCGGCGGCACCGGUGACUUCUUCAUGGCGCGCGGCGUCGCCACGAUCCGCACCGACGCCAUCGAGGGCUUCAAAUACUUCCGCCUGCAGAUGGACAUCAACCUCUACGAAUGCUACGUCUGAUUAUCGAUGCAUGCAUGGUACUCUUUCCGGUUUCUA